AUGGCGGGAAGCCGCCGCCACGGAGCGCGGUCGUCGCAGCAGGGCGCCGAAUCCUCGUCGCUGGCGGAUGCCACUCUCAGCACCAGAGAAGUUACCAUUGUGGAGAAGCCCUCUAAGAACACCUGUCACACCUCAGGCUCUACUUCAUCGACUUUAUCUGGACCUUAUGUUUGUGCAGAUCUCGUGGACAGCCUGCUUCAUGAAAUCAUUAUUCUCAUCAACUCAUUCCAGGACUUCCUUGCUUUUAGUGGCACCUGCCACUCUUGGCGUGCAGCAGUCUCUUCCUUCCCCUCUGUGUAUGCUUUCAACUUCCCACCUCUCCACCUUGAACCAGAUGAUCCUUAUGUCCCUCCACAUAGCAGAGGUAUCAAGACCCUCCGUUUGUCUAAUUGCAAAUGUGCCUGCCUCUUACCCCCAUGGCUGGUGGUCUGUGGUGACAUGCUUCUCAUGGUUAAGCUCGCAAUUACUCGUAGUUCUCUUCCCUCACUUAGCAGCCACAUUAGAUUUUUUGAGGUCUUUCGCCUUGACUUCUCAGUGAAGCCAGCCAAGUUGGUACAGAUGGAGAAGCUGGAAAACCAUGCGCUGUUUCUUAGCCUGGAUAGGAGGAACCCUGCAUUUUCUUGUGUUAACCCCGAGAGAUGGGAAGGGAAGAGUAACUGCGUUUAUGUUGCCAGGCUAUUUGAUGAUGCUGAUCCUGAAGAGGCUUGGACAGCGCUGGAGCCUGCUGUUAUUGAGCUUGGGAGUGCUCGUGCUCACGUUACAAUUGAGGAAGCGACAGAGGCACCUGUUGACGCUACAAUUGUGAAAACAACAGAGGCUGCAGUACACAAAGCAUACAUUAUAAUUGAGGUUGAAGACGUUAAAAUUAAGGUCCUCGAAGAGUUGAAUGGACUUCGACCAUAG